CGCAACUUUGUUGUUAAAAUAAAAUAAGCAACACGGAAUCUUUCAUUACGGGUCAUUAGAACGGUAUAAAAAAACGUUACACAACGAAAACACCUCAAUUCGUGCCAGUGCCUCAGAAGCGACGAACAACAGUUCCACGCCAAAAUGAACCGAUUAUCAACCAUAUUUACCAUAGUUCUAUUGGUAGCUACCACCGCCAACGGGAACCACAAAGUAGUGUUGAAAAGUCUGAGUCAAGCUCAAAAUGAAUGCACACAGUAUCUCUCCCAACCGAGCUACCAGCAGGACUUUUGUCACAAUCGCUGCACACUGCGCGUUCUUCGAGCCUGGAACGAUUCGACUGGUAUCAUUGGACUACCACUGGCACGCCACUACCACUACAGCAAACAAGACUACAGCAGCAUUUACAAUCGCACAAGUAGCUGUCUAGAGUGCAGGCUACGUGAUAUUCCCACGUGUGAAGUGUGCAAACGGGCUUCCGUAUCAUUGGACUGCUUCCGUCAGAACUACGGGAGCGCCCUUGAAACACCGCAGCUUGUUCCGCUGCCUAAGCUGCUCCAAAUAAGCACCAUACUCGAAUGUGCCAGCAUCCUGCAGAUUGCGCCCCACGAGCUUCCAGUGUACGCCAGCACCCAGUUCCAGUUCAAUCAGCAAGCUCGCUGUCUGAUCCGGUGUAUUAUCACCCGUCAGGGUCUAUACGAUGACGCCCGUGGACCCAACCUGGACCGGAUGUACGUACAGUGUGGCGGCUAUGACACCCCCGAAGAGCUGUUUAAACGGGACGCUCAACGGUGCGUCGACCGGUUGAGGGCCGAGUGUUUGGAUAACUGCACGCUGGCCGCACGAAUCGCGAAGGAGUGUUUCCCACAGAACUCGGGCCCAGUGGCAGCGGCAACGACUCUCCUAGGGUCAGUCGCACAAGCCGUAUCUUCGCCGGGAGUGGCUUCUAUUUUCGCGGGACCAAGCUAUGUGCAUAUUCCGAAAACGGGCGGGAUUCCGCUGCAUCCUUUAGUGGAUGUUUCGUUAACCAUUGAGGCGGAUUAGGUUACCAAUUUUUAACUUAGGGUGCGAGUUGGAAGGAAAACUAAAUUAGCUGUGUACAUACUAGAAUAUAUUUAAUAUAGACAUUUAUUUAUUACUCAUGACUUGUUUUCACUUCCCGGCCAAGAAUUUGGGAAAAAAUUCAGUAACAAUACGGUUCUGAAGCAGUCACUUUUUGUCUUGUCUAUUAAGACGAGGUAUAGAAACCGCCCAAACUUCGACAAUUUAUCCCGAUACCCCCGGUAGUUAAGUCCGUGUUCAACUUGUCUCCCGUAACGUCCUUUUUUCUAAG